AGAGAUAGACACAGCCCCUCACAUCUAUCUAUAACCAGAGGAGGGGACAGAGUUAGACACAGCCCCUCACAUCUAUCUAUGUCCUGCCUCUGUAUACUGCCGCACCCAGCAGGUCAUCAUGAGGAAAGAGAAACUGAGCGGGAACCAGAGGAGGAGAGAGAGGUAGACACAGCCCCUCACAUCUUUCUAUAUCCUGCCUCUGUAUACUGCUUGGAGCGAGGAUGACUACAGCCACAGAAAAGAGGAUAUCCAGAGAUGAUCAGCCUUGUUGCUCGGUAUUGGCAGUCUCUUCCUCAUCUUCUCCAGUAAACAGGAUUCAGUCUUGUUGCUCUGGUGGUCUCUUACUGUGAUGUAAGGACGGCGCUGCUGAUCUUCACAGUAAACAUCACCUGCAAUUCUUCAACUUGACCACUAGGCUGUCUGUAACAAUGGAGGAUUACAAGAUGAAGCCUCUGAGUGAGUGGACGGAGCAGCACGUCUCACACUGGCUCCAGUCUAUACCGAUACAGCAGAAGUACAUUGACAAGCUCUAUGAGGAGGAAGUCUCUGGGCUGGUGCUCAAAGAAAUAGAUGAGGAGUUCUUAAAAAAAAUAGAAAUGAAAAAAGGUCCCAUCAAACUGCUGAUCAAAAAGAGGGAUGAGCUGGUAUCAAAAGAGAAGGAGCAAAACUCAACGCAAAGAUCUGAAGGGGACAAAAAUUCUCCAAAAAUCCCCCAGGAAAUAGAAGUAUCAGGUCCUUUAUGUGAGGUCCCUCCUCAGACAGAGGAAAGCAAGUCACCUGUAAAGUCAUCUCUUGUGGGCUCUCCACAGAAGCUUCAAGCAGAUGAGACACAAUCCACAGAAAGCCCCCAGAAGAGAAGUAAACCAAACCAGAGCAACCCCCUAACGCACUCCUCACUCUCUGUGUCUUUUGCUACUUUUCGGCCCUUCGAUAAAGAAGUUGGAAAUUUUAAGUAUGUAAAGGGCAAUGUCCUCCCUCCAGAAUCUGGUGUAGAAGACCUCAUCGCCCCGUGUCAUGAAUACAAAUCCCUCAUUACUGCCUCUAAGCUGGACCGCUUCAGACUUCAGGCAAAGUUUUCUUCAGAGGUGAUAAGAUUUGCUUCUGCAUGUAUGAAUGUAAGAACUAAUGGUACAAUACAUUUUGGGGUGCUGGACAGCAAAGAAGACAAACGUUGUAAACAUGGGCAGAUAAUGGGAAUCCCAGUAGAGGACCAAGACUGGUAUGUCGAUGCAUUGGACUAUAUCGAGAGAUGUUUCAAUAAAGGAGAACAUGAUGCAGCGAGAGCCUGUAUUCGCAGCCCUAAAUUUAUUGAGGUUGUAGAUAAAGACAGUGAAGAGCAGCGCUUUGUGGUUGAGGUGGACAUUGUGCCAGAUUCAGGUUCUGUGAAAGGUCGAGUUUUCCAAGCAAGUUUACCAAAGUUCAUAGAGAAAAACAACAAAGUGAGUAUGGAGAAGAAAACCUAUUACCGCAGAAUCGGUGCAAAAUCUGAACCAGUCCCCGAGGAUGAUAUGGUACUGUUUAUCCAGAGUCUGCAGGAAGUUGAUGCCAGAAGAGAUAAAGCAGAAUCCUUAUCACUAUGUGAGACUACAGCCCCUGAAAACCUCACCAAAAAAAUAGACCUCCUCACUGGAGGCAAAGAUUACAUGGAUGACACCAUAUGGUACAUUCUGGUCACCAACAAAUGGGAACCUCCAUAUUUGGCAAAUCUCAAUUUCCUCAUGCGCUUGAAAAUUUUCUGUGUGUUUGACUUUGAUGCCGACUCUGAUGUGUCUGGACUGUGCUCCAAGUACAAGGAACACCAUGCUCGUAACAUCCACUCCCUCACUGAUUAUGCCAAUGAUAGUGGGAUGAGCCUGAGUGAGCUAAGGAAGUCUCUUGGACUCUUCGAUCAGACCAGCUGGAUAUUCUGCAACGGCCGAAGCAAUUUCCGAGGAGGUGACGAAACCUGUGAUGAAAAUACCUGGAUUAAGACUAAGAAAAAGUAUCUGAUCAAAGCGCUCUCAUUAAUUUGUGAAGAGAUUUUCCCAAAAGGGACCGUUGCUGUUGUGUUUAUGCUGAUGUCACCAGUGGAGAAGCCCAUAGUGGAAACUUUUCACAGCUUCUACGCUCAGAUGAACGGGAUGGAAGAUAUCAUCUGUAUUGCAGAAAACAAGGAAUAUUACCAAAAAUGGGCCAGCCUUGCCCAGGCAUCGUGUGACAUGGAAACACUGGAGCAGAGAAGCAUUGUUGGGGUAAAGUUAAGUCACAUCGAUGCUACAGUCCAGAACAAGUUUCCCAUUGGGAACUCUUAUAGGAAUUUGCCAGUGUCGUCCAAAGGUGUCUGUGUCCUUAAUACACCCGAUGAGGAGAAAAUGCACUCGCUGGAAAUCCUGUGUGUGAAUGAAUGCUGUGAUAAAAAUCUUGAUGGUUUGAGUGAUAAAGAAGUGAAGGAUCUGGAGGGGACAUUUUACCGAGGAGGAAAGAUCAGCUGGAAACAUCUCUGGCUCGCAGAACAGAAAAUGUGUGGAAAUUUUAUUGAGCGUGAUGCAUGUGAUAAAGUCCAGAAGAUUCUACAUGGGAUUCUGUAUGAAAACACUGUCCGGCUUCCAGUUGCCAGAAUAAAAAUUUUCCACCAUCCUGGAAGCGGAGGGAGUACAGUCGCCCGGCAGGUCAUGUGGAAGAACAGGAACGUCUUAAGAUGCGCCAUCAUCAGGUCAUCAUGCCCCAUUUCCACAGUUAGUCAGCACGCUGUAAAGCUCAGAGAAUACGAAGAGGACAAUCCCAACCUGUGCCUGCCUGUCCUGCUGCUGGUGGAGGACUGUGAAGAAGACUACCUUGAUGACCUGAGGCAUGAGCUAUCAGAAGCCAUGGUGUUUAAGAAAAUUGUGUAUUCCAAGCCAUGUUUUAUUCUCAUGAGCUGCAAACGCUCAAAUGUUCCAGAAGAUUUUUUCAAAGCCUCUGCAUCUGACACAGUUGUAAUAACUCAUAAGCUUAGCCAGAAGGAAAAGCAGGAAUUCUCCACAAAAGCGCAAGAGCUGAAGAAGGAAUUUCCUAAGUCAGAGUUGAUAAUCACCUUUGUCCUCAUGAAAAACGAAUUUCAUGAACAAUAUGUAAAAGAUUUUGUGCAGAAUGUUCUGCGUGGAAUAGAUCACUCGUCCGAUGUCACACGGCUCAUGAGAUAUGUUGCACUGCUCAAUUGCUAUGUACAGAAUUCCUACAUUUCUGUUUCACACUGUGAAGCUUUCCUUGGUCUUGGAGUUAUGACCAAAGAUAAGCACAAUGAAAUACGGAAAUAUAAUUUUAAGAGUUACCUCUUCAGAAGUGAGCAGGCGCGACUCCUGUUCAUUGAGCUGAGAGAGAAGAACACGUGGAUAAGCAGCAUCCACAUCAUUCAUCCUCUGAUCGCUAAGGAAGUGCUGAACCAGCUUUCCAAAAACCGUCCUCAGAGUGAGAUAGCCAAAGAUCUCCUCAAAGAGGACGUUCUACUUAAGCACAGAUUUGGCAGAGAUGACUUCAUUAAGUUUAUUAGAGACUUAUUUUUACUGCGCUACCGGAAAAGCCGAGGUGACAGUGUGGAUACUUUCUUCUCGCCUAUGAUUGAACAUGUUUGUGAAGAAGAACAUGAUACUGAGAAGGCAAUCAGUCUCCUGAAAGCUGCAUAUGAGCGAUUCGACAAAGAUCCCUUCGUUGCCCAGCAGCUGGCCCGUUUACACUACAUGCAUGAGAAGUUUGAAGAGGCGCGAAAAUGGGCAGAGACCGCCAAGUCCCUGUUGCCGGACAACUCCUUUAUUUUACACACAGAGGGUCAGGUGUACAAGAAGUGGUUCAAUGUGCUGUUCGACAGAAAGAAAAAUGACCUCACUCCAGAGAAUGUGAUUGAAUUGAUAGAGCUCAGCCUUAAAUCUAUGGAAUGUUUCAGAGCAGCAGAGAAAGCAGCAAAAUCUGAGACAGACAUGAUGAACGACUCUGCAUACUUUGGGGAGGUUGAUGUCGGUUGCCGAUUGUUACAGAUGCUUUCAUCACAGCCAGUGUUCUCCAAGAAUAGAGGAAAGGAGAACACCAAACUCCUGAAUUACCUUCUGACAGACUAUAUACCGCCAGAGAUUGAAAAGCCAUGGAUUAAAUUUCACAGCCAUUUAAAGGGACUCUACCAAAAUAUUUACAAUGCCCUGGAGUGGAUCGCAGAGGAUGUUGGUUACUUUCAGUCAGAGAAAAUAGAAGAUGGAGUACAGCUGAACAAGACAGAAGAACAUGUCCACAGUCCCAGGAAGUGGCUGCUGAGGAAGACCGAGGUCUUUGCCAAGUUCUUCAGCUCCGAUUUUCUGCAGGCCUACACAGAAACCGAUGUUGACAGUCAGCUUGUGCGUAAGAUGAAUAUUUAUAAGCUGGGGGGAGGAAGCACUGCCACCAUACUCUCCAUCCUAUCUGAUUCUAAGGAUGAACGAUCUAGUAAAAAGCUGGAAAAAAUAAUUAAUCUGUACCCCGAGGACAUCGCCCGUCAAGGGCUCGAUGACACUGGUCUGGCCAAUUACAUCAUGUCUCACAUUGCCCUGGGAUGUGUGUGUCCCGGAUCUCCAAAACUGUUGUCAUUACAGAUACUACGUGAACUUGGUAAAAGGUUUCUACACACUAGGAAGGCAUUCCCACCCAGUGCCUAUCUCCUCACUUUCCUGCUCUACUGGCCGGAUGGCAAAAUUGAUGAUAAACCGGAUGCAAAUAAAGACAAUAUCUUGGCCAAUGCCCUGCAGACGGCGAGGGCGCUGCAUGAGCUAAGAAUCAAGAACGUCCCUGUUCGGAAGAAAAGAACCAACGUGCUCUUCUUUCUGGGGAAGGGACAUGGCCUUCAGAAGAUCGUUCAUAGAAGCAUCAUUGAGAAGCACAUUGCAGGUCCACUAAAUGAAAAACGCAUGAAGUGGGAUAAUGAUGACCUAUGGAAGUUCGAUAGUGUGCAUCGGCUGCUGACAAAUGUCCCCGGUUGGACCGAAAAUGGAAAACUCUAUGCAGAGGGACACUGCAAGAAGAGCAAAAUUGAGAUCCUGCCACUCAACGCCUCAUCUGUGCCUCAUGGCAAUGAGAAUGUCACGUUCUAUCUGGGGUUCACAUUCAUUGGCUUUGUAGCUUAUAACAUACAGCUGCAGACAGACUCCAAAACUUCAGCCAAGCACUAAGGGUACAUGGACUCUUCUAGGAAUGUCCCCAUCCUCUACUGGCCUCUAUUAUGGGGAAUUUCCUCUCGGUCUCAUAUGACAUUAGCAGCCUUCCUGACUGUGCUAUAACUAUGUAUAUAAUAGCAUGUAAAUAUGUGUAAAAUACAAUCAUUACUGUAU